AGCUGAAUGCAUUGUGAUUUCCAAUAAUUGAGACAGUGAUUCUAAAAAAACUGUCUACAUUAAUGAAAAGAACAAUGUAGUCAUCUUAGCAUAUUCAACACUGGUACAUGGUCAAUACAGGGAUUUUUGUAUUCUUCUAAAUAUUGUGUGCAAUGUGCUUCUGCAUGCCUUUUUAGCUGAAAGUUUAUGAGAAAUAGUUGCCAAAACAGUCAGGGUGACCCAUAGAGCAGUUGUAUUUAGUAAUUCAUAAGACACAGUCAACAUGGAGAUGGAUGACAUAUUACCCCCCUUACCGUUGGAGCCACCUGAUGAUUUGAACUCAGAAGGCCUUAAUGGUAAAGCGCAGCCUCCAACACCCCCCCUGCAAACGUCCAGUGACGCAGAGGAAAUGGACGUUAGCUCUGGUGGUGAUGGACACACACACACCACAGCAGGGGGCCAGGGCCUCCAAACCAAGGGCUCCAUAACCUUCAUUAAUAACCUGUCAGAUGAGGCCGAACCUAGCACCUCGUGCCCUAGAACAGCCCGCCACGCACCUCCUGUCACCAAGUUCCUGCCAGACCUCAAAUUACUCAGAGACAUUAAGAUCAGUGUCAGUGUCGUAGAUACCAGCAGGAGCAAAGAUAGGAAGGUGCUGUACACAGGGAUAGGUCAGGAGGGUGGUGGUGAAGGGGAGACCAGCACAGAGGGCCUUAAUGGUGAGUUUUAUGAUGCUGAUACAGAGCCAGGGGCUGUGGAUGGUAGCUCAGGGGGAGGAGGCAGAGGGGAGGAGGCAGAGGCAGACCUGGAGAACAAAGUGGAGUUUGCGGUCCUAGAUGAGCUGGAGGACUUCAGUCAGGACUUCCUGGACACAGAGGAUGUGCAGCAGGGGGGGUUCAGGUCAGAGGUCAUAGUUCAACAGGAUCAUGCUGACGAAGAGAACCUAAAUAUAUCCUAUGAGGAGGACUUUGACAAUGAUGUAGAUGCUCUGCUGGAGGAGGGCAUGCCCGUGCCCAAAAAGAUGCGCCUGGCAGAGGGGGCUGUUGAGUAUGCAGGAGACAGUGAUCACGCAUCCGACAGGGAUGUGGAGGGAGGUGUUCAGCCCAUGAUGACCAAAAUUAAGACAGUCCUGAAGAGUCGUGGGCGUCCACCCACUGAGCCACUACCUGACGGAUGGAUCAUGACAUUCCAUAACUCUGGCAUUCCAGUCUACCUGCACAGAGAGACCAGAGUGGUGACCUGGUCCAGACCUUACUUUCUGGGGUCCGGGAGCAUUAGGAAACACGACCCUCCCACCAGUAGCAUCCCCUGCCUGCACUAUAGGAAGAUGAAGGAUCACGAGGAGAGGGAACAGAACGGAGAGGUGACGCCCAACGCUGAAGUGUCUCCGGUGAAGCCUGGGGAGGAGGCAGACUCCGUGGAGAGACCAGACGAGCCUGACUCCACUGCCCAGGAGGACCCUACUACUGUGGGCCUGGGGGAAGGACAGGUGGAGGCGGAGAUAGAGACAGGCCUGGUCACAGAGGGGACCACAAAAGGGUGUCCUGUCCUGCAUGGCAAGAUGCCCCACUCCUGUGAGAUGGCCCAGGGGGCUCUGGGACAGGUCAGGGCCAAGGUGGAGGUGUGCAAAGAUGAAUCGAUAGAAAUUGAGGAGUUCCGCAGCUACCUGGAGAAGUGCUUUGACUUUGAACAAGUGACCGUGAAGAAGUUCCGUACCUGGGCAGAGCGCAGGCAGUUCAACAGGGACAUCAAGAGGAAACAGGCUGAGUCAGAAAGACCCAUUCUGCCUGCCAACCAGAAACUCAUCACUCUGUCUGUAUCAGAUACCCCCACCAAGAAAGAGUUUGUCAUUAACCCAAAUGGGAAAUCUGAAGUUUGCAUCCUACAUGAAUAUAUGCAACGUGUCUUAAAGGUCCGACCUGUUUACAACUUUUUUGAAUGUGAGAACCCAAGUGAACCCUUUGGAGCCUCCGUCAUAAUAGAGGGAGUGACAUAUGGCACAGGAACUGCAAGCAGUAAAAAACUUGCCAAGAAUAAAGCUGCUCGAGCCACACUGGAGAUUCUCAUCCCUGACUUUGUGAAGCAGACGUCUGAGGAGAAGCUUGUAGAAGGGGAUGAACUGGAGUAUUUUAAUCAUAUCAGUAUUGAAGAUUCAAGGGUGUACGAACUGACCAAUAAAGCAGGCUUACUCUCGCCAUAUCAGAUUCUACACGAGUGCCUUAAGAGAAACCAUGGAAUGGGUGACACCAGCAUCAAGUUUGAGGUGAUCCCAGGAAAGAACCAGAAGAGUGAAUAUGUGAUGACGUGUGGAAAGCAUACCGUGCGCGGAUGGUGCAAGAAUAAACGUGUGGGGAAGCAGCUGGCGUCUCAGAAGAUCCUACAGAUGCUGCACCCUCACGUGAAGAACUGGGGGUCACUGCUCCGCAUGUAUGGCAGAGAGAGCAAUAAGAUGGUAAAAAAGGAAAAUUCAGACAAGAGUGUGAUUGAACUUCAGCAGUAUGCCAAAAAGAACAGGCCAAAUCUUCACAUCCUGAACAAACUGCAAGAGGAGAUGAGGAAACUGGCUAAGGAGAGGGAGGAAACCAGGAAGAAGCCCAAGAUGACCAUAAUGGAGUCAGCCCAGCCUGGUAGUCAGCCCCUCUGCACUGUUGACGUCUAGGAACCAUCACUGCAACCAAUCUAACAUGGCACUGACCAAUGGUAGCCAUAGUCACUGUCCGAUUUUAAAAGCCACUCCACCAAUCUAUCAUCCAAUUAUGCAUCAUUGUAAAAUGGCAAUAGAACUGGACAUUUGUAGUAUAGCGGUGGUCAUCUUCUUAGCACUGUUUAUUAUUUUACUCCAAAGGUAUUUUUGAUUCAUUGUUAGUGGGUAGGAAUAGGACAAAUGCACUAACAGACAGUAGAGUUAACACCAUCUACCUCUAGAUGCAAUCUCUACACAGUGGCAUUUCUAUAAAUUGAACCUUAGGGGUUGCAGACAGAUCGGUUGAGAUGACUUGACAUGUAUCUAUGAUCCACAAGAAAUUGUCAGCCUGUUUACUGUGCGUAGUAAUAACUGCUGACAACCACUAGACCCCUCACCCCUCCAUUUAUAUUGCAUUGAUUGAAUUUAUUAUAUUCUCCAAAUAUAUAUAUAUAUAUAUAUAACCUAAAGUACCUGAGACUGAACAUUCCUAACAGGUUUCCUUGUAUACUUAAAGCAUUGCCUAUUCUCACGGAUUAGUUUGCUCUCUCUGCUUUUGCUAUACAGGUACGCCGUGGGAAAGUAAUUUAUAUGCUGUUGUCAUUGGACAUUAUUGAUAAUUGAUGUCAUGUAUAAUUUGGAUGGUGAUUGGGGUUUUUGAGUAUGCUUUGGCUAAAGAAAGGCCAACUUAUGUUUUCAUUUGCUUGUGAACCUGUUAAGAAAAAAGUUAUAUAUUCAAAUGCAUCGUUUGCUGUCCACUCAUAUACUUGGUUUUGGGGUUUAUUUAUUUUUUGUUAUUUUCUUACUUUUAACCUUUUUUCUCCCCAAUUUUGUGGUAUUCAAUUGGUAGUUACAGUCUUGUCUCAUCAUUGCAACUACCGUACGGACUCAGAGGCGAAGGUCGAGAGCCAUGCGUCCUCCGAAACAUGACCCAACCAAGCCGCACCAAUGUGUCGGAGGAAACACCGUGUAUGCACCCGGCCCGCCAC